GCCGCGAGUGAAGAGGAGGAGGAUCCAGCCGCGUCGUUCGUGGAGCGUCUUCGGAAGCGCCGGCGGCUUGCACAGGACCGUGUCAAGUAUGAGCAGCUGAAGAGCAUCCCACCCACGUCGAACGUGGUGGAACGCUUCUUCAUUGCUCGGGUGACGUUUGGUCAUCAACGACACGGCCUGCUGCCACGCACGCUUGAGACGAUUUUGUUUCUCCGCCAGAAUCGGUCGUACUGGGAUGCAACGACUGUGGACAAUUUGAGCUAG